CAAUAAUUAUUUAAAUACUAAACCUUGAGAUUGCUAGGGUACAAGAAUUACCAGGAAAAUUAAGUCUUUUUCAAAACACGUGGCAGAAUAUUCAUAUCCACACAUGUUAUGUUUGCUGUCGUUUAGAAGAGAUUUAAAUUGAUUAUGAUUGAUUUAUUUUCUAGGGUACUAAACUUUAUUAUUAAAUGAAUUGUAAUACAUUUUAUUAUUAGCGUUACAUUUCUAUAUAUUUAGAGCUAAUGUCAAGCAAUGCAGAAUGCUGCAUGAUUCAAGUGGAAACUUAAAGGGGAGGUUCACCUUUAAGUUAACUUUUAGUAUGUUAUAGAAAGGCCUGUUCUAAGCAACUUUAUUUAUUUUUUUAUAGUUUUUAAAACAUCCCAGAAGGCAUUAGACAGGCUAAUUUAUGACAAUAUCAAGAAAAUUUUAGACCUGGGAAAGAUUGAGCAAUCAUAAAGGGAGUAGUCUAUCCCGACUGGUUCCUGCACUUUUGCAUAGAUUUCCCAAGUCACCAUGAAAGCAAAUCACCAACCCCGCCCCUCUAGGUCACUGGACAGGAAAGUGUUAAUCUUGACAUAUUAGCCCUCACCCCCCCCUCAGCCACUUAGUCUUUUUCCUGUCCGGGUCACUGGUGUACACUCCUUACUUACUGUUGGGGGUGUGUUGGAUUUUCAGCAUGGAGAAGCAGCAGGCCGUGGCAACAUUUUGUUGUCCCUCGUGGAUCUGCAGGGGCAUCCGGGGUGCGCCAUUGUGAUCCAUAGCCGGAGGAAGCAGCAGCAAGGAGCGGGUUGUUUGGAACCGCCGGGUAGACUCGCGCCGCAUGUGGACGCGUAGGGCGGAAGUAACAAAGUUGCAUGCGUUCCAUAGACCGGAAGUGCGGUUGCGCAUGCCCGGAAGUAGCGCUAUGGCUGGAUGCGGACGUGCUGGAAGCCGCGUACGUCUCUGACAUCAUCAGAGGCGCCUAUUUGAAUGGCAUUUUGGCGUGAGACGCUGUCUGUCUGCGGACUAGGUGCCUGACUGAUUGCUGAGACAACUUGUAAAUAAACUGCCAACAGUGAUACCCAAAAGGAUGCUGCACAAGCUAGAAGAUCGACGGAUAUACAGCAGCCAGUGGGGGAACCUCAGGAAGCUGGAGUACCACAAAUUGAUACACUGGUUUCUCUCAUAAAGCAAGCAGUAGUCCAAGGGGUGCAAGAAGCGUCUUCUUUUCUGGUUACAAAGAGAUCAAAAAGAGAGAGAGAAUCUAUUUAUGACUCGCUGUCAGAAGUAUCGGAUGAGUAUCGGAACUGUAUGAUCCAGGGGAGGGUCAAUCAUUUAUAUCUGAAGGUGAAGUCUUAUCAAAGGAAGAUACCGCUUUAGAUUCAGCAGCUAUAGACAACCUAGUUAGAGCUGAGAGGAAAGCAUUGACCCUGACAGAAGAGACUCCUAAGAGUACAGCGGCUGAUAAUUUCUUUCCUUCCUUGAAAAAGAAGGGAGCUACUUUUCCAGUGCACAAAUCAAUUAAGCAGUUUAUCACCUCAGAGUGUAAGGUGACAGAGAAGGUGUUAAUACAAGGGAAAUUAGCAAAACGGUAUCCAGUAGAGGAAGCAUUCUCUAAAGUAUGGGACAGUCCUCCUAAGGUGGAUGCGGCGGUCGUUCGAUUAGCAAAGAAGACUACUCUGCCUGUGGAUGAUGCGGCAGCAUUCAAAGACCCAAUGGAGAAGCGCCUGGAAUUUAAUCUAAAGAAAGCAUUUGUGGCAGCUGGAGCAGUCUGCAGACCGGCAGUUGCUUUAACUUCAACAGAGCUAUGAAAGUCUGGCUGGAUAAUUUGGAGAGUGCCUUUGCUUCAAAUUUGAAGGAGAUGCUCACUAAAAUGAAGUUGGCGGCUGAAUUUAUGGUGGAUGCUUCGGUAGAUUUGGUCAAGUUAUCAGCAAAAUCCAUGGCCCUGUCGGUGGCAUCAAGGCGAGCAUUGUGGCUGAAGCCGUGGAUGGCUGAUUCUUCCUCCAAAUCUAGCCUCUGUCAGUUAGCCUUUGAAGGUGAGAUGUUAUUUGGAGAGAAGUUAGACUCCAUAAUUAAGAAGGCAUCUGGGGGCAAGAGUGUGUUCUUACCCCAAGAGAAGAGAUACAAGAGCCAGAAAUCUGUAGACUAUCAGAGGGAUUGUUCCUUUCGCAGUUCAAAAUUUUCCGGCCACGAUAGAUCAUAUACCAGACAAUCAAAUUUGAGACCAAAACGUGGGGACACUAGGCAGACAGGCAGGAAUAGCUCUGCCUUCACUCCAACAAUGGGGAAAUCACAAUGAGGCUCAGCCGGUCCAGACUGAGGAUAGGUGCAAAGUUACAGCUUUUUCAUGAAGUCUGGGCCUCUACAGUGAAAGAUGCUUGGGUUUUAGGGGUUGUCAGAGAGGGGUAUCGGCUCAAAUUCCGGAAAAGACCCAGAAGAAAUGUUUUUCGAAAAUCGAUACCUCCAAAAAUUCUUCAGGCAGAUAUGAUUUUCCAGGAGUAUGUGAGUGCGCUCGUGAAGUCAGGAGCUGUGGAGGAGGUUCCUCCCUCAUUCCAGAAGUGUGUGUUCUACUCAAAACUCUUUUUGGUGCAGAAGUCCUCAGGGGCAUUCAGACCUGUUCUAGACCUCAGACCGCUGAACCAAUUUAUUCAUUGCAGGCGGUUCAAGAUGGAGUCCUUAGCAUCCAUAAUCCUUGCAGUGCCUCCAAAAGCAUGGUUAAUGAAUCUCGAUUUGAAGGUUGCAUAUUUCCAUGUCCCUGUGCACAGAGCAGACAGAAAGUUUCUGCGGUUUGUGGUGGGGCAGCGUGAUUAUAGCGAUUGUAAGAGAGGAAGGAAUUGAGGCUUACCACUACCUAGACGACAUCCUGUUGGUGGCAGACACAGAGACAGAUGCAGUCAAGAACUUGGACAGAACCAUAGUCAGAUUGCAGCAGUUCGGCUGGCUUAUAAAUUGGGAGAAAAGUUGCCUUACUCCAACACAAAGCCUGGUGUUCCUGGGCGCAUAUCUCAAGACGUUAGACAAUUUGGUCUGCCUUCCUCUGGAGAAGAUCCAGAAGAUGAGAGAACAGGUGCGGUGCCUAAAGAACUUGUCCACGGUUUCCGUGAGAAUGUAUAUGUCGGUACUCGGUCUCAUGUCUUCUGCCAUACAGAUGGUGAAGUGGGCAAGAUGGCACAUGAGGCCUCUGCAAAACUUGCUGUUCCGGUCGGGUGUCCUCAACCCUCUGAGGUUGAAUCAGCGUCUCCAUUUGCCAGAAGAGGUGAAACAGAGCUUAGACUGGUGGCUCGUCUCAGAAAAUCUUUCUCGGGGGGUUGCCUCUUGCAGAACCGGAGUGGUUAAUCAUCACCACAGAUUCCUCAGAGACAGGCUGGGGGGCAGUUCUGGACAACCAGACCGCUCAGGGUCAGUGGGACUGUUGUGCGGUUUCCUCCAGUAUCCUGGUACCAAGGGCAAUAGGUCAGGCGUUGUUUGCCUUUGCCCAAAACAUAACCCACAGCUGGGUAAAAGUCAGGUCGGACAACGCUACAGCAGUGGCCUAUAUCCAGAGACAGGGAGGGAACAAAAGUCCAAGUCUGAUGAAGGAAUAUGUCUAUGAAGAUUUUCAUUCAUCCAGGUCAUGGUAUAUCUAGUAUAAAUAAAUUUGAAGC